UGUCCGUGGGUUUAUUUUAAACAGUUUAAUUUGCCCCGGAGGAGCGGCCGCUGCCCGGCAGAGACCAACCCAGUGCGGCAGUUCUGGGAAUCGGCUGCUCUGAAACGCAAACGAGCCCCGGCGCGCUGCCGGGGCGGGCGGGAUAGAGGGGGAGGGACGGGACGGGCACGACGCGGCUCCGGGGCUCGCCGGCGGGACCGGCUCCCCGUAUCGGGACCCGGCGGGGGGACCCGCGGUCCCCGCACUCUGCCGUGCCCGGCGGGGCGGCGAACGCCGGCUCUGCCGCGGGCAAGAACCGUGUACAUCCCUUCGGAGCCGUUCAGCCGCGCCGGGGCUCGCCCCGGGCGGAGAAGAGACACCGGCGGGUGACACUGCCGGGCAGGCGGUGAGCCCGUCCCACGUGUGCGGAGCAGGGGAGCCCCGGCGCGGCCCCGCCGGACAACGAGCCCCCCGUGAGCUCCUCCCGGAGCCUUCCCGGCCCUCCAGGGGCUCCGCGCUCGCAGGCCGGGAGGGACGGCGGGGGACGGCCAGGGCUCCCGGGAGCGGCGGCCGGGCCCGGGCGGGGCGGAGGCGCGGGCAGGCGCGGAAGCGGAAGGCGGUGUCGCCAUGGCAGCGCGGAAGCGGAAGGCGCGGGCGAUGGCGGCGGGCGGCGCGGCGCUGUGGUGGCGGCUCUCGGCCUGGCUGCCGCGGGGCCGCCUCGGCCUGGCCGCGCUGCUCGGCCGCCUCUCCGACCGCCUCUCCCGCGGUCGCGACCGCCGCGCCCGCAGAUCAUCAUGGCUCCUUUUAGCCCCACUACUCACUCCUCCUGUUCCAGUGAUCACAGCCCCACCGUGUUCACUCUGUCCAGAAGGAGCGCACAGGUUCCAGUGGAUCAGGAAUCUGGUCCCAGAGUUUGGGAUCUCCAGCUCGCAUGUCAAGGUGCUUUCAUCCCCGGCGGAAUUCUAUGAACUCCUGAAGGUGCAGAUAAAAGCAGCCAAGCAGCGGGUGGUGAUGGCCUCACUGUACCUGGGAACAGGAGUCCUUGAGCAGGAGCUGGUGUAUUGCUUAGAAGAAACACUGGAGAAAUCACUGCAAGCAAAAGGCUCACCUGACCUCAGAGUUUCCAUUCUCCUCGACUACACCAGGGGUUCCCGGGGCAGGAAGAAUUCUCGAACAAUGCUGAUCCCGUUGCUGCAGCGAUUUCCCGAGCAGGUCCGCGUGUCCCUCUUCCACACCCCAAACCUGCGUGGACUGCUCCGGCUCCUGAUUCCAGAGCGCUUCAACGAGACCAUUGGGCUGCAGCACAUCAAGGUCUAUCUCUUCGAUGACAACGUGAUCCUGAGCGGUGCAAACCUGAGUGAUCUGUACUUCACCAAUCGUCAGGACCGCUACGUCCUGCUGCAGGACUCUCCCGAGAUCGCAGACUUCUUCACGGAGCUCGUGGAUGCAAUUGGAGAUGUGUCCCUGCAGUUACAGCAGGAUGAUACAGUCCAGAUAAUGGAGGGAAUGGUACACCCGUACCAAGGAGACAAAGUGGCUUACUGCGAGAUUGCCCACCGGAAGGUCAUGGAGGUCAUCAACUCUGCCCGCACACGGCAGGAGCUCCUUCAUGCAAAGACUUUCCACAGCAGCCAGCCAGGCAGCUCCCUCUUAUCCCAGCAAGGCUCUCAAGCAUCUGGGAGUCUGAAACCGGAACCUGACACCUGGAUCUAUCCCUUAAUCCAAAUGAAACCUUUUGGGAUUCAAAUAGACGAGAUGGUCACAGAGACACUGCUGACAGAGGCUGAGCGGGAUGCCAGGAUAUACCUCACCACUGGCUACUUCAACUUGACACAGGCCUACAUGGACCUCAUCCUGGGCACAAGGGCCGAGUACCGGAUCCUCCUGGCCUCGCCAGAGGUCAAUGGGUUUUUUGGUGCCAAAGGGGUGGCAGGUGCCAUCCCUGCUGCCUAUGUUUACAUUGAACAUCAGUUUUACAGUGAGGUCUGCUGCCUGCAGCAGCAGGAGAGGGUGCAGCUGCAGGAGUACUCCCGUGCUGGGUGGACGUUCCAUGCCAAAGGCCUCUGGUUGUACCUGGCAGGGAGUGACCUGCCCUGCCUGACCCUGAUUGGCUCUCCAAAUUUUGGAUAUCGAUCAGUUCAUCGUGACUUGGAAGCUCAGGUUGCAAUAGUGACAGAAAAUAAAGCCUUGCAGCAGCAGCUGCAUCAGGAGCAAGAGCAGCUUUACCUCUGCUCAGGUGUGGUCUCAACAUCAACGUUUGAGCAGCCAAGUCGUUAUGUGAAACUGUGGGUGAAGCUGGUGACACCUUUGAUCAAGAAUUUCUUUUGAAAGGAGAAAAGUUGCUGCUUUGGGUUGAAGGUCCAGACGUAGGUGGGCCCUCUCGUCCGUGUCUUGUAGACGGGGCACUCAUAGACGUUGACAGUGUCCAUGCGGUCCACGGGCACGGCUCUGAGCAGGAUCACCGGCAUCUCGGGCGUCAGCUCCUUCAUGCGCGAGUCCGCGAUGGAGCCCGAGGGCACGUCCCAGCGCGCACCUGCAGUGACAGCCGUGACAGCCGUCAGGGCACCCUGCCACCCCGGGCUGCUCCCCGAGGGCCCUUCCUCACAGCUACGCACGGCUGGGGGCUCCCAGGCUAAGGUUGGGUGGAGUGGCUCAAUGGUGGUUAGGUCUGACAUGUUCUCAUCUCACUGUGACCCGCGACUGCAUUUGCCUUACUGUGUGUGGGAUGUCUGAAUAAAUUCUGUCCCCACCCCUCCCUUCA